AUGGCUCAAGUACCACCUGGCAAUCAUUUCUACUUGUCCCACAAGAGCUCGUACUCCUUGUUGAAGGCGUUAUGGAGAAAGGGGCCUAAUUAUACCAAGGAAGAUAUCUGCAACCAUGCAUGGCAAGAUAUCUUGAGAGUAUACUUCCCCGCCGAAUACAACCCCAAUCAGUUGGCAACAGGGCGGGCCACAAUGUACCACGUUCUAGUACAGGCAUAUCGAGGCCUGCCAGCGGAUGAGAACCACCUAAAGAAGCCUGAUGCUGUCACUGUGCAAGUCGACCACGUUGUGCAGGCAGGCGCUCUAGGCGGGUAUGAUGAGUUCAAGCGAGAUGUUCUAUGGGUGGAAUGUAAGGCGCCAAGCAAAGAUAAGCCCGGCGAGUGGAAUGUUGUCAUGAGAGAGGCCGUGGCCCGCCUCCACGUCGCACACAAUACCCGCAGACUGUACAUCAUCCUGAAUGUCGGUCUGGAAUGGCUGCCGUUCUACUGGGAUCCAAUCAAUCCAGGCAAUGCUUUAACAAUCAAAGCCUCCGCUGGGCAUCAGGACUUUCCCGUGGACCCUAGGAUUCGGCCCACGCCAAACUUCCCUACAGGACACAUCGGCGCGAACGGCGUUAUCCACACAAAUUUGGCGAAAACACUGGAUUGUUUCACCACAACCACAACUCCUCAAGGAACAUUCCUCGCUUAUCAGAACGAUCUGAAUGACCUAGAGGCUUUCCUGCAAGUCGUUAUGACUCACAACGGAUAUAAUGGUCUGAAUGACCCCAGCUUUGAGCAAUUUUGA